AUGACUGUUCGUGAAGUCGCGACAGCUAUUACGGUCAACCCAGUGCUGGACACUCGCCGUGUUACGGCUCCGUGGGUGCGUGAGUUCACGAACUUUCACGGGCCUCCUUUCGGUCUGCAGGAGGAAGAGCAGCCAGGUGAGGACGAUGUCUCGGAAGAGGAGGAGGUCGAGGAGCUGAACGAAGAGAUCGAUUCUCCGAUUGCUGAAGAGUCUUCGGAAGAGGCUCAGGACGAGUCUCGCCGCGCCAUGGAUGCUCAAGAGACUUCGGACGAAGCUACACAAGCGCUAGGAGCUCAAGAUGCAGCAACGGCAACGCAGGACUCGGUUCAAGAUCGCGUCGCGGCUUCGGAGGCCCCUGUUGAGGAGGCCCCAGUCAGCGAGACUCCGGUUGACGCGCCACGUUCGCCUCCAAGUGUUGCUGAUCAAUCUGUCGCGCAAGCCGAUGUUUCUCAGGCUGCGCGUCUCCGCGUUUUGGCCAAGGUUGCCUCGUCUUCGGACGCCUAA